CCACGUAUCUUUUGUGUUGUCACGGCUUAAUCUGAUUGUCAUAAAGUCAAUAAAAAUAAUUUUUGUUUAUCAUUUUUUUAUUCAAAAAAUAUUGAUUUGGUCAGCAAAUUAAAGAACAAUUUCCUUUAUUCCCUCAAAAAAUGAAGACUCAAUUCGGUCAUGGUACUCAUAUGCUAGUCUGUUGCUGUCAUAUCCUCGUAUUAUCAAUAAUUUGUCGGCUCAGUUUGGCCGUUGAAUUGACAUUCGAACUACCCGAUAAUGCAAAGCAAUGUUUCCACGAAGAUAUUCGUCAAGGAAUAGAGUCUACAGUUGAAUUUCAAGUGGUCACCGGAGGUAAAUACGAUGUUGAUAUGAAAUUAACCGGGCCACGUGGUGAAGUUUUAUACGAAGGCCAUAAAAAACAAUUCGAUACUUUUAAAUGGACACCGGCACAAACUGGAACUUAUACAAUUUGUUUCAGCAAUGAAUUCUCAACAUUCAGUCAUAAAUUGAUUUAUUUUGAUUUUCAAGUUGGUGAAGAAGCACCUUUACCCGGUAUGCAACACGUAUCUGUUAUGACAAGAAUUGAACAAUCAGCUGCAAAUAUUCAUGAAAAUCUCAACACCAUUAUGGAUCACCAGAAACAUUACAGGCUUAAUGAGGCUAAAGGUCGUAAACGUGCCGAAGAAUUAAAUACUCGAGUGAUGACUUGGUCGUUGUUUGAAACAUGUGUCGUACUUAUCAUCGGUGUUGGACAAGUGAUGAUUUUGAAGAAUUUUUUCACCGAACGACGCUCAGCGAUAGCCGCAACAUAAUCCGUUCAAUAUAUCACAAUUAUUGCCUGAAUAGUUUUUUUUAUACAUGCAAAAUUUAAUAUUAAUCAUAUCUUCAUACAUUUAUUGUAAUUGUAAAUACAAUAUUUUUUUUUAAACACCUGAACAUAUAUACAAUGGAUUAAUAUAUUAUAUAAACAAAUUUUAAUCGAUA